AUGCAUGUCUGCCAACCGUCUAAAUCUACGGGUCCAAAUCUUCUCAAAAUGCUUGGCAAACACCAUUGCCGGGAUCCCUCGUGGACCCCUCAGCCAAGCAAUGUGAGCAUCGGCAGCGUCCUCACCAGCAACCCUCCGGGUUCCGUCGAGCAGAUGCAGCCAACUCCCGUCAACCAGCUUGUCAGUGUUGUUGGAAGCUACGCUGCUCCUUCCAGCGCUCAGGCACACAGUAGGCCGCCGUGUACUCCAAACACUCCUGGUACACCAUUCCACGAACGCGAUGGCGUAAUACCUCAGCCACAGCUACAAAAUAUCGUGUGUACAGUGAAUCUCGAGAUAAGGUUGGACUUAAGACGGAUAGCUCAAAGCGCACGUAACGCUGAGUACAACCCGAAACGAUUUGCUGCCGUGAUCAUGCGUAUCCGGGAGCCACGAACUACUGCACUCAUCUUCUCCUCCGGCAAAAUGGUCUGCACUGGUGCCAAAAGUGAGAAUGAGGCGCGUCUUGCUGCGCGCAAGUACGCCCGAAUUAUUCAAAAGUUGGGUUUUGAUGCUCGAUUCAAAGGUUUCACAAUUCAGAACAUGGUGGGGUCCUGUGACGUGCGGUUCCAUAUUCGUCUGGAGGGUCUAAACGCUGCACAAAAGAAAUUUACCACGUACGAACCCGAGUUGUUUCCCGGGCUUGUUUAUCGGAUGCAAAAGCCCAAGAUUGUCCUUCUGAUUUUCGUGUCAGGGAAAAUCGUCUUAACCGGUGCCAAAGUGCGAGAUGAGAUCUAUCAAGCCUUCAGUAAUAUCUAUCCAAUACUAAAGAACUUUAUGAAAUUGGAUUCAGACAAAUCGGGACUGCAUCAACAAGCAAUCAGUGGAUAA